AUUUCCAACCGCAACAUACACCGGUCAGUCGUCAAUUGCUCCGCUCCCGUGUACAGUUCUCGGUUUCGUUAUUUCGUUUUUCACGCACGCACGUGGAACGUUCAUUUUUGUUUAGAUAUUAGUAUACUUUUAUUUUUUGUUUUCAUGGUUCGGUUUCAUUGCGGGUAUUGAACAUUGUGCGUUGUUUUACCCUUGUGUAUUAUAAACAACGGAAACAGUGUCGAAUUCAGUGCCGUCGGUGUCACGAGGCAAAUUAUCACUAAAACACACAUUCACACAUCACAUUAUACAUACAGAAAGUCAUCUGCAGUAUCAUACGCAGCGUUCAAGGUGUCCAGACACGCGUGGUCAAAUAACAAGUGUUCGCACGCGGAAGACAUUCAUGCACGAUAAAUGACAAGACCACGCACAAUAUCUGCUGACGGUUAGACCCGAUUUAUCACCCAACAGUUGGACAACAGAUUCUGUGGCGACCCACGACCACGCAGGUGAAACGAACCGGCCCACGUGACCAUGACCAUACGGACCAGAAACGCGGCGUCAACGAUGGUCCUGACAACGACCGUCGCGUUGUGCUUCGCGGUGGCCGCCGCGGCCGCGACGGCCGACGACGCUCAUGUGACCGUCUCACGUGACGACGUCCGCGUGUUGAUGGACACGGUGGAUACGCUGUUUGAUGCCGCGGACACCUAUCAUGUGGCGCCCGGCGUCCGAGUCUUGAGGUCCACGGACGACGCCUCGCGGACCACGGAAUCCGAAUCACGCGCGGCCGACCGCGAGGACGAUCCCGAGAAAUAUUUAUUGGACCGGAUUGCCCGGUACGCCGGAACACACAUUUUAGACGUUAACUUUUCCCAGAUGAUCCAGAGCGCGGGCAGAACAUUCAACUUGAAUAAAGUUCUACCUAGAUUUAAUUUUGGGAAGAAUUCGUUUUUAACCGGCUUUGGAUUGGGAUUUUUGGCGUUCGGCUUGAAAAAAUUAUUAUUACCGGUAAUCAUUGGAGCUCAGAUCAUCAAAUCCAUUGCAAUCGCUGCAUUAUUACCAACGCUAUUAGGCAGUGUCGGUAAAGUAGUUUCUAAAGGAGUAUCGAACUUCGCAUCAAGUUCAUCACACUUUAGUCCUGGUGUCAGUUCCGACGGUCUGGCUGACUUCGAAUUUAAAGACCAACAACAGAACGUCGGUUUAGGUUACGAUGCUGUCGGCGCAGCAGAUACUUCUGGUUCGGAAACGGGUUACCAGAGUAUUUGGACGUACCCACCAGAUAACAAUGUGAAUGCGAUAACCUCGGGCUACAGCAGUAACAGAUAUCCAUUGAAAUACGGCCAGAAUUCAAUAUCCAGCACUAAGCUGCAAUCGGGUAAUUACUACACAAAAGACAAAACCGAGGACUUCAAAGUAUUCCACACUAUACCAGCGAGUUCACACUUAUUGGCCAACUACGACCCAUUCUACAGUCCUCUGUUAUCCAGAAUCGACACCGUGUUUAAACAACUUGGCUACACCACGGAACCGUGCCGCGAACGUUUGGUUUGUCAGAUGUACAGGAAUCCUGCAAAGUUUGCACCGUACAGUAAUCUCAUUUCAGCACAGUUGAGCAGAGAACUGAAUGAACUGCGCAAGCCAUCUUCAGAAAACCCGGAGAUAUUACGAUUUUUCAAGUACAUGAAAGCUGCUAAGGAUGGCCAAGACAAUCAGGAGUGUGAGUUGAUAUUUUCUUCAUGUGUGUCGCAAAGGUCUCCGGAUGACUCAGUGCCUAUGAUGACAACAUACAAUGAAAUAAACAAACUGGUGCAGGCUAGAAACGCGAAGAAACUUGAAGAAUCGUCGGUAUCGUCCACCGCUGCAGCAGCCAUUAGUGCCAUAAACGAAAGUGAACAGACAUCGGUACCUACAUUGAAGUGAAGAGACAAAAAUAUUAAAAUGAGGUACGGCGUUUUUUUCGAUCCAGACAAUACGACGUGCAGCAUUCAAGUCAUUAGAAAUUAUAUUACAAUACCUCGACUAGCUCAAUUUAGUUUUUAGUUGUAAAUGCGUUUUAGCUAGUUGCCUACAUACACACACAUACACACACACACACACACAAACACAAAUACACAGUACAAAUACAUAUACACACUUUUUAUAAAUACGUAGAAUAGAUUAUUUAUUUAUUGUCAAUUAUCAUUAUAAUACUUAUAUAAGUACCUACUUAUAAUACCUAUGUAAUAUAAAUCCAUAUGGAUGGUAAACAUAACAUUUCGAUAAUUUGUCAUCAGUCGUUUUCAGUUACUUUUCGCGUUUUUUUUUUUUUCUUUUUCAAUCAAUUGAGGAGAGGGACUUAUUUUUUAAACGUUAAAUUACUGACAAAUUCAUCGAAUUUUAUGUUUUUAAUAGUUAUCGGUGUUUUCAUAUUUUUAAACAGGGUCGGUAUCGAAAUUACCUAGAGCUUAGUCGAUGUCAUGUGACACACGAGCGUUAGAAAUAUUACAACUGCGGUUAGUAUUUCAAAGCUCUAUACUAUUGAAACAUCUAUUACUUACAUAUUUAUAUUUAUUUAUUUACAUAUUUAUUUAUUUAUUUA